UGGUGGUAUUUCUGUUCAUCUACAGCAGAAGCCAGAUAGGGUUGAAUCCAGAUUUGUUAGCAUUGUUGGUGUGUUUUGUGUGAUGCUAUGGCUAUUUUAAUAUUUUGUUCUGUUUUGUUAUUUUCUGGAACAGCUUUUAGUCAAGAUAAAACCUAUGUCCUUACAGCAUCAAAGGUUUUCCGAGUUGGGACAUCUGAGAAAGUUGUGGUUCAAGCUUUUGGUUAUGAGAAGGAAUUUGCAGUCAACGUUGCCUUAAGAAGCUUUCCAGAUAAGCUUGUUUCUUACUCGUCUGGCCGCAUUUCUUUAACUCCAGACAACAAAUUCCAAGAUGCUGUAACUUUAACUCUUCAACCAGCAGAUUUAGCAAGGACAGAGGAUUCAGUCAAGUACGUGUAUUUGGAAGCUGUUUCCCCACAUUUUACCAGAUUGAAAAAAAUUCCUGUUUCCUAUGAGAAUGGCUUUCUUUUUAUUCACACAGACAAACCAGUUUAUACUCCCGAUCAGUCAGUGAAAGUCAGAGUUUACUCUCUCAAUGAAGAUCUGCAGCCAGCUCGGCGAGAAACUGUCCUAACUUUUGUGGAUCCCGAUGGAGUAAAAGUGGAUAUCAUAGAAGAAAAAGACUUCACUGGAAUAGUUUCUUUUCCUGACUUCAAAAUUCCUCCUAAUCCUAAGUAUGGAAUUUGGAAGAUUGAAGCCAAGUACAAAAAGGAUUUCAUAACCUCUGCUGUUGCAAAUUUUGAAGUUAAGGAAUAUGCGCUGCCAAGCUUUUCCAUCGUCAUACAGCCAGAACGUAACUUUAUUAGUUCUGAUAAAUUUGAGAACUUCAGGAUUGCUGUGAAAGCUAGCUAUUUUUAUAAUAAAAGGCUACCAAGUGCUGAUGUUUUUCUUCGUUUUGGAAUAAUUGAAGGAACUGGAAAAAGAAUGAUGCCUCGUGCAAUGCAUGUAACUAGGCUUGAAAAUGGUGUUGCUGAAAUCAGUUUUAACAGUAAAAAAGAAGUGAGUGACUUAGGAUUUCAAAGUCUAGAAGAAUUGGAUGGGUCAUAUUUAUAUAUUGCAGCAUCAGUGAUGGAAUCUACGGGUGGCCUCAGUGGUGAAGUAGAAUAUACUGGAGUCAGAUACGUUGUAUCUCCUUACAAAUUGAACUUGAUUGCUACUCCUCUCUUUAUAAAGCCUGGACUUCCAUUCUUCGUAAAGGUGCAGGUGAAAGAUACAGUAGAUCACUCUGUUGGAAACAUCCCUGUAACUCUCACUGCAAAAUCAUUCACUGAACAAAUGGAUGAGACUGAGUUGAUAUCAGAGGGUUCAGAAUCUGGGAGAAGAAUAACAAGCAUCAAUGAUGGAACUGCUUUAUUUGUUAUUAAUAUCCCAUCUGAUAGCACGCUACUGGAGUUUCAAAUAAAAACUGUUGAUCCACAUCUUUCAGAUGAAAACCAAGCAACCAAAACCUAUGAGGCAAGAGCUUAUUCAUCAUUAAGUCGGAGUUAUCUAUACAUUGACUGGGCUUCAAACCACAAAGUACUUCAAGUAGGGGAUUUCAUCAAUAUUAAUGUAUAUCCACAUAGUCGGUAUAUUCAUAAAAUACAUCACUACAGCUAUUUGAUCACGUCAAAAGGGAAGAUAGUAAGCUUUGGAACUCAAAAAAGAAUUAAAGAUUUGGAAUAUGAACACCUAAGUUUUCAGAUAACCCAAGAAAUGGUUCCUUCAGCACGUCUUAUUGUUUACUACAUCGUCAUGGGAGAAGAAACUGCUGAGUUAGUAGCUGAUUCAGUCUGGCUGAACGUGGAACAGAAGUGUGGGAAUAGUCUUGAUAUUAAGGUGCUACCAAGCAAAAAGACACACAGACCAGCAGAAGUCUUAUCGCUUUACAUGAAAACACAGUUCAGUUCCUUUGUUGCUUUGUCAUCUAUUGACAAGGCAGUAUAUGGAGUUAUUGGAAGAGGAAGGAGAGCAAUGGAAAAAGUAAUGCAAGAUUUGGAAAAGAGUGACCUCGGAUGUGGUGCUGGAGGAGGACGGAAUAAUGUUGAUGUAUUCCGAAUGGCUGGGCUUACAUUUUUAACUAAUGCAAAUGCUGAUGAUUCAAACGAAGCAGAUGAAACUUGCAAUGAAAUUGUAAGAACCAAACGGUCUGACUUCCAGGAGCGAAUACACAAGGAAGCAUCCAAAUAUAAACAUCCAGCAAUUAAAAACUGCUGUAUGGCUGGUGUAAAAGCAUAUCCAGUGAGUGAGACUUGCAGUGAUAGAGCUCGGCGAAUUCGGAGUAAUGAAAAGUGCAUUUCAGCAUUCAGGGAUUGCUGUGAAUUUGCCAACAGACUGCGGGAAGAAGAGCCUAAUAAGCUGCUAAUAUUGGCAAGAAUGCAUUUUGAGGCUAUCUUGGAACUGGAUGAGGCAGAAGUUCGUAGCUAUUUUCCUGAAAGCUGGUUAUGGGAAGUUCACCAAGUUUCCUCUAGAUCAAAGUCUCUGUCUAUCACUCUGCCUGAUUCACUGACUACCUGGGAAGUGCAAGGUGUUGGCAUUUCUGAUAAAGGUAUAUGUGUUACUGCACCAUUGGAAGUGCAAGUUGUAAAAGACAUCUUCCUUAAUGUUUAUGUUCCUUAUUCUGUGGUGCGAGGAGAACAAAUUGAGUUAAAAGGAUCAGUUUAUAACCACAGAGCUUCUUCAAUUAAGUUCUGUGUUAAAAUAGCAGUUGGAGAUGGAAUCUGUUCCUUCGGAGGUUCUGCAACUACUGGAUCAAGGAUACGUGGUUGUAAUCUUAAGUAUCUAGGUAGCAGUUCUUCAUCGCCAUUUAUGUUCAGAAUACUGCCUUUGGAAUUAGGUCUUCACACUAUCAACUUUACACUGCUGACAGACGGAAACAGUGAAACUGUAGUUAAAACAUUACGCGUAAUGCCAGAAGGCAUUAAAAAAGAACUUCAUGCAGGUUUCACUUUGGAUCCACAGGGUGUUUAUGGUGCAGUCAAGAGACGCCAAGAAUUUCGUUAUAAAAUACCACUAAAUCUGGUCCCUAAAACAAAAAUUGAUAGAAGUGUCAGUGUAAAAGGACAUCUUAUGGGUGAAGUGAUUGCCACAGUCCUUAAUCCUAGUGGUAUUAGUAUUCUUACUAAUCUUCCAAAGGGCAGCGCAGAGGCAGAGCUCAUGAGUAUUGCCCCUCUUUUUUAUGUGUUUCACUACUUGGAAGCAUCAGAUAACUGGCACAUACUGGGUUCCAAAACCUUAACUUCCAGAACUGAAAUGAGGAGGAAGAUGAAAGAAGGAAUUGUAAGUGUUUUGUCAUACAGAAAUGCUGACUUCUCAUAUAGCAUGUGGAAGAAUGGGCAAGCUAGCACAUGGUUGACAGCUUUUGCUUUAAGAAUUCUUGGACAAGUUAAUCAAUAUAUAAAUCUUGAUCAAAUUUCUGUUUGUAAUUCACUUCUGUGGUUGAUCGAUAACUGUCAAAUGCCAGAUGGGUCAUUCAAUGAAUUUUCAGAUUAUCAACCAGUGAAACUACAGGGUACAUUACCUAGAGAAGCUAAAGAAAAAUCUUUGUAUCUCACAGCAUUUUCUAUUAUCGGAAUUGAAAAGUCAAUGAAGAUAUGUCCUACUCAGAAAAUCCAUGAUGCUAAAAAUAAGGCAGGAGAUUAUUUAAUGAAAAAUGCAGAGUCUGCACAAAGCCCCUUUACUAUGGCAAUAAUUUCAUAUGCGUUAGCUCUUGUGGAUUUGAACCAUCAGUCUUCACGAUUGUUGUUCUCUGCACUGAAGAAGGAGGCAUCUGUCAUAGGCGAGCCUCCUAUUUAUCGUUUUUGGAAAGAUAGUUUAAAAACAUUAGACCACCCCACUCCCAAUUCUGUUACUGCACAAAUGGUUGAAACUACAGCAUAUGCAUUGCUUACUGCACUGCUAAGAGGGGACAAGAACUAUGCUAAUCCAAUCAUCAAAUGGUUGUCUGAAGAACAAAGGUAUGGUGGAGGAUUUUAUUCAACACAGGACACUAUUAAUGCUCUUGAGGCCUUGACUGAAUAUUCCCUUCUUGUCAAACGGCUUAAUUUGGACAUGAGUGUUAAGGUAGCAUACAAAAAUUAUGGAGAUCUUCAUCUAUUUAAACUGACAGAAGAAAAUUUUGUGGGAAGAACUUUGACAGUACCUUUGGAAGACGACAUAUAUGUAAGUACUGGCAGCAGCACUGGCAUAGCUACAGUAAAUGUGAGGACAGUAUACAACCUAAUCGGUACUUCUGAAGAGUCAUGUAACUUUGAAUUGAAGAUUGUUCCAAAGCGAGAUGAUGGUUACAGAAUAGAAGAUGGUGGGCCACUUGGGCGCAUAGAGGCUUGUGCAAAGUACAAGCCCAGCACGAGAGAGCCACAGUCAGGGUCUGCUCAUGCUGUGAUGGACAUAGGUUUGGUUAGUGGAUUGGAAGCAAAUAUAGAAGACUUAAAUACUCUUGCAAGUGGAGUGGAUCAAUUGAUAGCUGAUUAUGAGAUAAUAGAUGGACAUGUUGUUAUUCAGAUAGACUCUGUUCCAGCUGAUAGUUUCCUCUGUGUUGGGUUCCGAAUAAGUGAGCUUUUCCAUGUUGGAAUGCGAAAUCCUGCUACAUUCACUGUAUAUGAGUAUCAUGCACCAGAUAAAAGAUGCACUAUAUUUUAUAACCCAUAUGGAGAUGAAAAACUUGUGAGGUUGUGUGAAGGAAAUGAAUGCAAGUGCAUGGAAGCUGAGUGUAGUAGAAUACAAGGAAGACUGGAUCAGUCAAUAACUGCUGAUAUCAGGAGAGAAGCUGCAUGCCAGAAUGAUAUUGCAUAUGUUUAUAAAGUGAACAUCUUGUCUCGUCGUGAAGAAGGUCAUUUUGUAAAGUAUUCUGCAACUAUUCUAGAUCUCUAUAAAAGAGGGCAUGCUUUUGCUGAAAAAAAUAAUGAAAUUACCUUUGUUAAAAAGAAGACCUGUACUGAUGUUGAACUGAGCCCAGGAGAGCAGUAUUUGAUCAUGGGCAAAGAAGCCCUAAAGAUAAGCAUUGGUUACAGUUUCAGAUUCCAGUACCCUUUGGACUCCAGCACUUGGAUUGAGUGGUGGCCUUCAAACACAGCAUGUACAUUUUGUCAGGAAUUUUUAAACAGAAUGGAAGAUUUUGUUGAAGAUCUCAUCAUCAGUGGCUGUUGAUUUACGUGGAUAAUUUUUUAAUUGAAAAUACAGAUAAAAAAAAAAUCACAAAAAAAGUCCUCAGCUGUUCAGUAAUUAUUUUCAGAACUUAACAUUCGUGACUAGUUCAUCUUGGAAAACACUCUUAGCUUGUAUUUCAAAGCCACUUUCUUAUAACCUGGUAAUUUUCAAAGUACGUUUUUUAAGCUUGGAUGGAAGAAUAAAGCAGAAUACUGCAAAGACAUUUGAAGUGAGAUGAAGUGAAAUGGAAUGACUGUAAAUAUGGAAAAUGCUGUCUUUUGCCAGAAUAACCCUCAGAAGCACUGAAAUCCAAUGUCUUAUUAAAACAUAACCCUUACUUCAGAAAAAAAAAUAAAAAAUAAAAAAGAAUUGUUUUAUCAAAUAA